AUGCUAUUCAGAGACAAAAGCAAGCAUAAGAAUGACUUUAAGAAAACAUAAUCAUUUGAAUUAGAAGAUAAUCCAAUUAAUCAAGAUAUCCUUUAUGUGACCUCCUUUUUGACUGAAGAGCGCUAAGUUAAUAAGAAGAUAAUGGGAAUCGAGUUACGCCCAAAUAUUAGCUAUCUCAGUGGGCUAAGUAUUUUCAUAGUUACCAUUACGGGUAACAUGAUGGUCUCUUUUCUCUCUCAGUCUACAAAUAUUCUCUUAAAAAACAAAUUUAAUAUUACUGAUGAAUAAGAGAUGAUUCAAAUAAGCAGUCUUAUGGUUCUAUACUGCAAUGUUGCAAUGAUAUUCGUGUGCCCUUUCGUAGGAGUAUUAUUCGAUAUUUUAGGAAGAAAAGUUGUUAUUUCUUUCUUUUUCAUUAUUGCUGGUCCACUUUGUGCUUUAUUACCUUACACAAAAAGUCUAUGGUUUGGAUUUACUCUAUCACGAAUUGGUCUUGCAAUACUAACAGGCUCAAUGAUCAGCAACACUCUUAUACCUGACUAUGUAGAGAGGAAAUGUAUUGGAAAGUCAGUUAUUUAUAAUAAUUUUGCUCGAUACCUUGGAAAUUUCUUAUCUCCAAUCAUAUUCUUGACAAUAAUCAUAUACUACUCUAUAACAUAUUCUUACAACUUAAUGGGAAUCGUGAUGACAUUAACAGGGGUAAUAUUGUACUUUACUAUUCAAGAACCGACAGACUUGGUUCACGACUAAGACGCAGUGACACCAAAUACUAAUCACUAAUUACUUAACGGUAUACUAAUGAAAUUUCGAAUUGCUAUAUAAGAAUGUAAAUAGAACAGAACUUUGAUUUUUAGUUUUGCCCAAACAUUUGUAGUGAGAAUGGGCAUUAUUUUAGGAUCUAAUGCCUAUAGUUUGUGGAUCUUGUUAAAGAUUCCUGAUGAAGUGAGAGCUUUUGAGAUGUUGGCUUUCAGCCAUUCAUUCUCCAGUUGUUUAAAUUUUAUAAUUCAAAUUCCAUUAAUAAAAAUACUUGAUAAAAUACAACCACGACUACUGGUGAUUUUCGCAUAAUCUUUGAGAGCUACAGUGCUAUUUUUCAGUCUUUGGACUAAUCAACAAGGAGAGUAAUGGAUAGUAGCUAACAUAAUAUUAAUGUCACUUUCAAAUGGGAUAGCGAACGUAUCAAGAGAUCUAGUUUUCUAGAAAAAUCAAGCAUCUCAAUCAAGAGGAGUAAUCCAUGGAUUCAUGGAAUUAUUCACAAACCUAGGGAUGCUAACAUUCAUUUUUAUUUUUGCAUGUUUAUCACCUGUGAUCGGACUAUGCGGCUGCUUUUGCUUUCUUGGAACACUAGACCUAUUGCUUUUACUGCUAUCAUUGUAAUUCAAAUUCACCAAACCUGAGAACUGA